AUGACAUCUUCUUCCUCCUCUCAAGCUUCUUUAUUGCCAUCUCCUUUGCCGACCUUGACCAAUAGUAGUCGCUUGCCUUGCUCAAAAUCAAUGGUGUCAAGUCCAUCGACUACCACGAGGCAUUCUGAAGAUAUAGGUAACGGAGAGCAGUUGCACCGAUCCAUCUCGCUACCAGAACCUUAUCAGCCACACGAGCACGACAAAAACACGCACCCGACAGGGAUUCCAGGCGAAAAAGUGUUUUACGUUGGCAAAGUGUCUUAUCAGGCCGGCGAAACAAGCAUCCUUUUACCAAAGUCGAGACGCGGCUACUUUGUGCUUACCAGCCACUACCUGCUACGUUAUAAAUCGUUACAAAAAACUCGGAUCAAAGAAGAGAUACUUGAUCUAUUUGACGGCAAUAGUGCGAUUAAUACAAACCACCGCGUACUGUCCUUGAAAGAUAUCUUUGCGAUUCAUUAUAUUUCAAGUACUGCCAACACAUUUCGUAUCGAGCAUAUGCACCAAGUCACCAAACAGCCCCAAUGUCUCACCAUCACAGCAGAUACCUUGCACGAUUGCCAGCGAUGGGUCGAUGAACUCCGUCACGCCGUACAACAAGUCCACCAAAGAAUGAACUUUUGCAAUGCCACGCUCAGUGAUUCCGAGAGAUAUGCAGUGCUUAACCGCAUGGCGAAACAAAAUGAUUCAUUGGAUAAUCCCAUGGUCCAAAAAGUUUUGAUCAAGGAAAAGCGACCCAAGGCAUCAAAGGAUGGCACGACGAAAUACUCUGAAGUCUACCUGGUGGUACUGUUUGCUAUUGGCCGAUUCAGCUUUUACCUACUUCCUAUUGCUGGCCCGCCGAAUGAUGCUCAUCUGAAAGUUGUCGGCCGAGAUCGCUAUGGGCUAUUGGCGAUUCAGAAUUUCAGUUUUGAAUCGGGCAAAGAUGAUACCGUAGAGCUAGUUGUACGACAAGUCAACCAUCCAUCUGACACUCGGAAAAGUUCAAGUCGAUUCCUUCUAAUAUCGUCACUCUGUGAGACAGUGGUCAUGUCCUUACGGCAGGCGAUCGAGUCACUGAUGCCCUUUGCUACGACGCUAUCCUAUACUAUGCACCUACCAAAGCAUCUUGAAAACACAAGACUACCACGGUUGCACAUAACAUUGGACGAUCAUCAAGAGGUUGAGCAACCAUGCAACAAAGACAACCAGCAAUUCAAUGUCACGCUUCAUUCCUAUUGUGCAGCGCUCAAUCUCAACAAAGCUCGCUUUGCCUAUUCCAUCACGGGUGAUCGUGGAUGUCAAACGUUUACGCUGUUGCCGCCAAAUGAAAUCAGAGACUCCCCACCCUACUAUAGUCGUUAUGAGCUACUAGCCAUAUGUCGGUCCCUUGUUUAUAACCCAAUAUUUCAGCGGAUAUGCCUGGCGGAUCAUUCCUUGCAAGUGCUGGAAGAAUGGAGCAUCGAUAAAGACGAUGGAUGGACUUGCUACCCGAAUGGACCUACAGACUCCAAUGUUCUCUGCAGCGAAUUGCAAGCUAUCAUCUGGGAUAAUCUGUUAUUACAAGAAAUCGAUUUGCGCGGUUGCAAGAUUGGAUACGGGAAUUGCCCUUCCUCGUCUGUCACUGCCGUGACUAUAUUAGGAGAAGCAUUACGUCUGGGUCGAUCAGGUAUCAAUUGCAUAUGUCUAGCCAGCAAUCGCAUCAAGCCGGGUGAGUUUCAAGUAUUGUUGGACGGGAUAAAAGCAAGAGCGCGGUAUAUCAGAGACAUCGAUCUCCACCAUUGCGGACUUGCGACCAAACAGAUUGAGCUCUUACUGAAGAUUGUCACAAGGAAAGCGCAUCAGCUGAGAGUAUUGGAUGUUGCAUGCGACGAACUUUAUGAAGCACACCUGCCACAGGAUUUGGUUGACGAUCUCUUUUCGCAAGCUUUCCACCCGCAUCUCCGUGUGCUACGCCUCCGUGGAUACAGGAUUCCACUUCACGCCAACACACUUUACGCUUCUCACCUAGGUGAACUGUGCCUCAGUAAUAAUCCUUUCGGUCAAACAGAAGUCGCACUGCUAUGCCAGUGGAUAAAGACCCCGUCUUUUAAAUCAAUUCAAUGUUUACAUCUCUCAAACUGCGGAUUAAACGGAACUCACGUCAGCCAGUUAUUCAUCUGUAUUAGCCAGUCGGGUCAUCGGCAGCUGCAUUUGAACCUCAGUGGAAAUCCUUUGCUGAAAGAUGUUGCGCAUUCGCCAAAGCUGUUCUAUGCCAUCCUACAAAGCCAAGGUCCUUGCUCGUUAUCGUUUGCCAAUACAGAGUGGGAGGACGCUACAAUACGUGAAUUAUUGGAUUGUUUACGCGAUAAUUCCACAUUGGCGCAUCUCGACUUGACCAAUAUUCGCGUAUCAUGUCCCUCACUUUCAACCGAUACAGGCCACAUGCUCGGUUCGCUUUUUGAGCGAAACAGCACACUGGAAUCUUUGAAGCUCAGUAUAAAGGCGCAUGGAAACUUGGGAUCAACGGUGGCCGGAGCCUUGAAAAGUCUAUGCCAUAACACCACGUUACGACGCCUCGAAUUGGAUGGCCUGCAUUUUGGCGAUUCCGGUGCCGUUGCACUUGCAGAUGCUUUACGCCACAAUCAAACAUUGCAAGCUCUCAGCAUUGACGAUAACAGGAUUACAAUUGAAGGCUAUCGUGUGUUGGCUCGAGCAAUAGAAUCCAACAUUCACAUCAUUGAUUUUCCAAAGCCCAGAAAAGAUUUACGAUAUCAAUUAUCGACACUUCGAACGACGAUUCACGGACUAGUCCAAACAGAAAAUGAAACGCGAUGGUUUAUUAUGCAUUCUGCAGGCAUGAAAACACGAGACGUCAAAACGCAGCUUCACCUUCAGAUGCAAGCGAGGCAAAACGCGGAAAAAAAUUACGUUCAGAUCAUUGCGGUGAUUGACGGUUUGCUGCGAGCCGUGGGCAAGAACAAACGUGCCUUUGAAGCACAGGAACAGAUGAUACAUGCUAUCGAAAAGCUAUCCGCCACAGCUGCUCAGGAUCUCACGGCUGCUCAACUGAAACUUCAAGGACGCUCGUCGUCCAACAACGGUCAAAAAUCGGAACAAACGUCUCCGAGGUGCACCAUUUCUCAUGGUUCACAAACGACUGAACCUAACUACGGAUAUAUUCCCAGCCAUGCUUCAAUGUAUGCGGAAGGAAACUCAUUCAUACACCCAGCUUUUAUGGCUGUCCAAGAAGAAGAGGCCGUAUCUGCUACUGCCCUAGACUAUCCGGAUCCGUUUUAUAAAUGUCUUGCCGCAGGUAAUUUGGAUGUCUCUCCGUUAAAAAUGUCAAAGUCGGCCACGGUCCAAUGCAAUCACGCGGUCCCGUUUGCUGACGAUUUCGGUGUUCGUGAAGCCAUGUCUGAUACAGACCGGUUAUCUUAUUAUCUAUACGACGACGAUGGAAAUAUACCGUGGGAGUAG